GAUCCUCAAGACUCGGACUACAUUUGGGUAGUUGUUGUUGGAUUUAUCUUAGCUUUCGUCCUCGCAUUUGGAAUCGGAGCAAACGACGUUGCCAACUCWUUUGGGACAUCAGUAGGCUCRAAGGUUUUGACUCUUCGACAGGCGUGUAUUAUUGCCAGUAUUUUCGAGGUUGCUGGUGCUGUGCUGAUCGGUGCUCGUGUAUCUGACACAGUUCGCAAGGGUAUCAUAGACAUCAACUCAUUCAAUGGUACAGAAGAACUAGCAAUGGUUGGCUCCCUGUCAGCCUUGACAGGCACAAGUGUGUGGCUGCUUGUAGCAACAUUCUUUAAUCUUCCWGUAUCAGGAACACAUAGYGUUGUUGGGGCGACAAUGGGUUUUGCUUUGGUGGCGCACGGGCUUGAUGGCGUCAAGUGGAAGACGUUUGGAAAAAUUGCUGGUUCCUGGGUGAUAUCACCACUGCUGUCUGGCAUCAUCAGUUCAAUCAUAUUUCUUUUUGUCAAAUUUCUUAUCUUAAAUAAGGAGAAUUCGUUUGUAAAAGGAGUGRAAUUCCUGCCUCUGUUUUAUGCUUUUACAAUCACCAUMAACCUUUUCUCUGUAUUCUACAAAGGAUCUCACAUGCUGCACUUUAACAAGAUUCCUCUUUAUGGUGUCCUAAUUCUGACCAUCGGAGGUGGCAUCCUCACUGCGAUUGCAGUACAUUUCUUUCUSGGACCAUAUUUACAGCGUAAAAUCAUCAAAGAAAUGCUAGUAGAACUUGACGAUAACAGCGCGGUUUGUACUCCAACUUCUGACCCUGAAAAACCUUUUGAUGUAGAACUUAAGCUAGGCAAAGACAAUAAGGAAAAGAAGAAGAAACAGAAAGAGGUUGAAAAAGAUAAGAAUGAUGUGAAAAAGGACGAGAAUCAUGAGAAUAAAGACGAAUGCAAAGACGAUGAACUCAGUCCAGACAACGAAAGUCCGCUGGGAAUGAUCUCAGAUCAUAACGCAGACUCUUCUAGUGACGAAGAGCAGCUUAUUCCUGAUCCAGAAUCGGCAGAAAAACACAGCAGUCAAGUUCAUUUUGGAGACGUGAGACUUCUUACGUAUUCGGUUGGGAUGGAAGCGCAUAAAAGCAAAAUACAUGAUGAUCCUAUGACUGGAAGACUGUUUGCCUUCCUACAAAUUAUGACUGCGUGCUUUGGUGCUUUUGCUCAUGGAGGAAACGAUGUUAGUAAUUGCAUUGGGCCUUUGAUAUCGUUGUGGACUACAUUCCGUGAUGGUAGCAUUCAAACUAAAGUUGAUAUACCAAUAUGGAUUUUGUUGUAUGGUGGUGUUGGUAUCUCGAUAGGUUUGUGGGUGUGGGGAAGGCGUGUCAUCAAGACUGUUGGAGAGGAUCUUACGCCAAUUACACCUACGAGCGGGUUCACUAUUGAGAUUGGUUCAGCCAUCACUGUUCUCCUGGCUUCCAACCUUGGAAUUCCAAUCAGCACCACCCAYUGYAAGGUUGGCUCAGUCGUCAUGGUUGGRCGUGUCAGAUCCAAGGAGCAUGUUGAUUGGUCAAUAUUCAGGAAUGUUGUUCUGGCAUGGAUUGUAACUAUGCCUGUUGCAGGUGCUAUUUCUGCUKUGUCRUACGUUGGAUUACGUGAGGUCGUGUGAGUUUCCAAUAUUUUUUUUGUCAAUAAUAAGGAACAUUCUUAUUCUUUGUCAGUUUGUAUCUAGUAUUUAUGCUGGGGGAAUUAAGGUUGAAUAAUGAUUUUUGCUUGUAUAUAUCAAUUGUAUUUUAAUAUUAAAAUAUGACAUGGAAUCCGGAGGCGACAAAAUUUUGGCUCUGUAAUCCGGAGUCCACACACUUGGAAUCCGGCCGAAUCCACAGCUAAAACGGUAUCCAAUAAUUGAAAUUUGGAGGAAUUUCUGGAAUCCAAAUUAAUACUUCAAAUGUUUCCUAAUUGCAAACGAGUCUCUGACGACAAAAAUGUCUAGGAAGUUUUGCAUUGAKAAUCCAAUAUGGUGGAAUCCAGAAAUACUUAAUGUCAGCCGGAAUCCUGGAGCUUGGAAUCUAGAAUCCUGGAACGYUCCGGAUUUUGUGUCAUCGGGCAAAAGAAUUUUCAAGAAGAGCUUGGAAUCAAUUGUAACUAUUCUCGUACGUAUUUUUAUAUGCAUAUAUUAAAUUAAUAUUACAAAUUAAAUAUAUUUUACUUCAUCUUCUUCGUUUAAAUUUUCUGUACCAAAGCAUUGCAUGAUCACCUUYAGAUAGUGCCCUGAUAGAUGAACUUUCAUGUAAAUAAAUAGCUUAACAACGUUA